AUGGCCGAACUGAACGAUCGCUGUUCAUUGUUAUACGAGCUACUCUUUCGAGUUUUCGAAUUACUGGCUCAUAGCGGUGUCAAGGCAGCAGACCUCUGGCAGAGGUUUCGACGGGUCUCCGACCUUCUGUCAUUGCACAUCAGCGACGCAUCUGCAGCGGCGUCGGCGUGCGACAAAGUAAUCAACCACAUCUGGUACUCUUUCAAGUUGAACGAGUCUUCCAAAGUGAAUUUCGACACGAAUGACUUCAACCCUGUGUUUGGGCCGCUCGACAGCCUCGUCGAUAUCGGCGCUCUGAUCUUGGCAUUGGAUGCCUUACACUCCUCGAUGUGCACACAUCUUGUGUAUCUACAUGGCCUCAACCGCCUUGUUUAUGAAGGGCUCGUCCCCCUUGUGCGCGGGCGGAAAUCCCUACCUCUUUCCUUCCAUAGAGCGGACGCUAUCCUCCGGGGCUUACCGUCCUUGGAGCGCAUGCGAGAGCUCGUGCGGGCGAACAGCGCGACCGCUGCACAAUGGAAGUCGGCUUGGAGACGAACAGCCAGGCAUUUCCGCGCAGAAAUGAUCCCUCGCAUCCGGCGGAUGCCCUGGGAUGUAAUGGUGGGUGUGACCAGACCGAUUGGCCGCGCUCGUAUGUAUGCUUGUCAGCAACGACUCGAUCUAAUGUGAACAUGUAACUGGAUGCGAGAUCUACCCAGUUGGGAGGGAUAUAUGGGGUGG